AUGGCCAAUGUAGCUGGACCGCUUUUGGCGCCUAUGAAUCCGGUAGAUUCUAUGAUGCCCGACUGGGUCAACGCAGAACAUAGUACUGGUACCUCAAUCAUGGCUUGUGAAUUUGACGGUGGAGUUGUUAUUGGAGCUGACUCUCGCUCAUCAACUGGAACAUACGUUGCUAAUCGUGUUGCUGACAAACUGACACGAGUAACAGAUUACAUCUACUGCUGUAGAUCUGGAUCCUCGGCAGAUACACAAGCAAUUUCAGACAUUGUGAAUUACCAUUUGGCGUUUCACAGGAUGGAAUUAGGAUCAGAGCCCAGGGUGGAGACUGCAGCAAGCGUAUUUAGGGAAUUGUGCUACAAUUACCGUGACACUUUGACAGCCGGUAUAAUAGUAGCUGGUUGGGAUUCUGUAAAAGGUGGUCAAGUAUAUACCGUGCCUCUUGGUGGCAUGUGCACGCGCAUGCCUGUCUCCAUUGGUGGAUCAGGAUCAACUUAUGUUUUUGGCUACGUUGAUUCCAACUAUAAACCUGGAAUGACCAAGGACGAAUGCUUGCAGCUUGUUUCCAACACAUUGGCCCUUGCCAUGUCGCGUGAUGGAAGCAGCGGUGGCGUCAUCCGACUAGGUGUCAUCACCAAAAACGGCAUUCAGCGCCAAGUCAUCAGGGGAGAUCAAUUACCCAAGUUUUACGAAGGUUAAAUUUAGUAUUUUCAAUUAUUUGGAUGUUGAAGAAAACAAAAAAAACUUAUGGCGAUUCAAGACACGUUUUGCUAAUAUAUUGUUUAAUUUUUCAUAUGAAUAAAAAAAUUAAUGAAUAAACGUUU